AUGGCAUUUACAACCAUGAAACUGCAGAAGAUUGCCAAGAUUGGGGCAUGCAGGAAAAAAUACGUCAAAGGUUCGAGCUCCCGAUAUUUUGUUCUGAUCUUCCCUGGUGUCCGCCUGGCCUCUGAUAGCCAGUUCAGUGAUUUUCUGGAUGGCCUUGGCCCUGCCCAGCUGGUCGGGCGCCAGACUCUGGCUACACCUGCGAUGGGUGACAUUCAGGUAGGAAUGAUGGACAAAAAGGGACAACUGGAGGUGGAAAUCAUUCGGGCUCGUGGCCUUGUUGUAAAACCAGGUUCCAAGACACUGCCAGCACCAUAUGUAAAGGUGUAUCUGUUGGACAAUGGAGUCUGCGUAGCCAAAAAGAAAACAAAGGUGGCAAGAAAAACACUGGAGCCCCUUUACCAGCAGCUGUUAUCUUUUGAAGAAAGCCCCCAAGGGAAGGUGUUACAGAUCAUUGUCUGGGGAGAUUAUGGCCGCAUGGAUCACAAGUCCUUUAUGGGAGUGGCCCAGAUACUUUUAGAUGAACUGGAGCUGUCCAACAUGGUGAUUGGAUGGUUCAAACUUUUCCCCCCUUCCUCCCUAGUAGAUCCAACCUUGGCCCCUCUGACAAGAAGAGCUUCCCAGUCAUCUCUGGAAAGUUCAACCGGACCUUCUUACUCUCGUUCAUAGCAGCUGUUAAACUGUUGUCAUAGCAACCAGCGUUACAAAAAAAAAAAUUAAAAAAUCACAGGUCGCCAGCCCUGGUAACACUGCAUGCUUAAUGUUGUGUCUUCUGAGCCUGUUCCUAGGGAUACAGCGCGAUCCUGUAUUCUCAGAGGAAGUUGCACACAUUGUGCCCUAAAGACGGCCCUCAGGUGAAAGAGCAGAGUUAUGAAGAACUAUCAGGUUUGGAGUUCAGUAACACUCGAGUUUUGGUCCAAUCUGAAGCCAUGGAUUAAUCUCAAAGAAUCAGUCAGUUUCAUGCAACAAAAGCCCUUUUCAAUGGCACCUUUAUAUUUUUAUCGUUCCUUUUUCUUCAUUUCUCUGACCCCAAAGCCCUGUUAUGCCACAGAAAUGGAGUUAUACAGUCCUUAAGCCAUGUUACAAGUCAAGGAGUGAAGUCCUACGAAGCGUCAGGUGAAAAGCAAGAGACCAAAGAAGUGGUCCGGGACAGACGUCAGCCCUCCUCUGGAUGGUGAGCGGGGGCAGCCAGGCCAGCGAGAACGGGGGCAGACUCAGAGCUCCGCAGGCGCGCCAUCACUAACGCCGCGAUGUGUUGGACUCUGAAAAACACAAUUCUGUGGCUACACUGUACUGAAUGAAAUUAAAGAAACUUUUUUUGCAUGGACACAGAUUAGCUGAAUACUUAAAUUAUUUUCUUGGGGCUGCA